AUGCUGCAGAAUGUUCCACAUCAAUUUGUGCAUUCUCCAGCCAGGUUAGGAUUAACAAAUCCUAAUUCACCUUCACUUCAAAAUCCUACUCCUCCUAAGUUCUCUCAAGCCCCAGUAUCUCAGUUUUCCAAUCAGCAAUCAAAUCUAUCAAAUGCAAUCUCCACAUCGUCAUCCCUACUUCCCCUGCUCCCCCCACUGCCCAGAGCUCAAUCUAUCCUCCUUCAAAUGGCUUCCCUUGCUUCAAGACUCUUUGAAGUAUCACCAAAUAGGUCCCAGUGGAUUAGUUCCUUCCGCAGCUCUCUGCCUACAUUCUUGUCUUCCCAAGGCCAAACUUCAACACCAUCUCGACCAAAUCUUUCUCCUUCAUCUUCCAAAGAUAUUCUUUCCCUCUUUUUAACUCUUCAAACUCAGCUGCUUGAAGCUAUCUCUGAACUUCAAGAAAUUCGUGAACUCCAAGAUGCAAGACAGAAACUCUCCCUUGAAAUCCGGUCAAAGGAUGCUGCUAUUCUUACUUUUGCAAACAAACUCAAAGAAGCUGAGCAAGUACUUGACAACCUUGUAGAUGAUUAUGCUGAUUAUCGUCGCCCAAAACGGUCCAAGUUGGACGACGGGGCAGAGGGUUCUUUAACAACUGUUACAUCGCAGCUGAAACUGUCGGACAUAUUAUCAUAUGGCCAUAGGAUCAGUUACACUACUUUUGCACCCCCAGAAUUUGGUGCUGGAGCAGCUCCUCUCAGAGGUGCAUUCCCUCCGGCUCCUCAAGAGGAGCAGAUGCGCGCAUCUCAAUUGUACAAUUUUGCUGAUCUUGAUGUUGGUUUACCGAAGACAGACGAGGGUAACGAGAAAACUAUUGCACCACUGAUUGAUUUGCCUGCUCCAGAACCAGAUCCACUUUCUAGUCUUCCUGGAAUGGAGAAUCUGCUUCCCCCCAAUAUUCUUCCUCCACCAGGGUGGGAACCUGGAAUGCCUGUGCAGUUGCCUGAUCUGCCACUAAUUCCUCCAGUUGGAUGGAAACGGGGUGAUCCUAUUACACUGCCUCCACUUGACUCUCUUCCCAUGCUUCCAAAAGUGGACAAGCAGCAACCUCGACCAAUUCCUCCAACGUUAAUGAAGGCACCCAAGCCUAUACAGGUCCGGCAUGUGCAGCUUGAUAUUGAAGAUGGCAGCAGUGAUUAUAGCAGUGACAUGGGCAGUUCUGAUAGUGAAGACUAA